CCGGGCGCGAGGUGUGUCAGCCGGUGGGCGGGGCGUCCGGUGGGCGGGGCGCCAAGGGGCGGGCCCUGCUUUCCGGGGGCUGCCGAAUGGUCGGCCGAGAGCGGCGGCGGCGUUGACGUUGGCGCGUGGAGUCGUCUCCUCACCCGGGUGAAUGGAAGAGCUGAGCCAAGCCCUAGCAAGUAGUUUUUCAGUGUCUCAAGAGCUGAACAGCACAGCUGCCCCACACCCACGUCUAUCCCAGUACAAGUCCAAGUACAGUUCCUUGGAGCAGAGUGAGCGGCGCCGGCGGUUACUGGAACUGCAGAAAUCCAAGCGGCUAGACUAUGUGAACCAUGCCAGAAGAUUGGCUGAAGAUGACUGGACAGGGAUGGAGAGUGAGGAAGAAGAUAAGAAAGAUGAUGAGGAAAUGGAUGUUGACCCUGGCAAGAAGUUGCCGAAACGCUAUGCUAAUCAAUUGAUGCUCUCUGAGUGGCUUAUUGAUGUCCCUUCAGAUUUGGAGCAGGAGUGGAUUGUGGUUGUGUGCCCCAUUGGGAAAAGAUCCCUUAUCGUGGCCUCCAGGGGUUCUACUAGUGCCUACACCAAGACUGGCUUCUGUGUCAACAAGUUUCCCUCCAUGCUUCCUGGAGGGAACCGACGGAACUCCACAACAGCAAAAGAUUACACCAUUCUGGACUGUAUCUACAGUGAGGUCAACCAGACCUACUAUGUUCUGGAUGUGAUGUGCUGGCGGGGACACCCUUUCUAUGACUGCCAGACUGAUUUUCGAUUCUACUGGAUGCAUUCGAAGUUACCAGAAGAAGAAGGUCUGGGAGAGAAAACCAAGCUCAAUCCGUUUAAGUUUGUGGGGUUAAAGAAUUUCCCUUGUACUCCAGAGAGCCUGUGCAAGGUGCUGUCUACGGAUUUCCCUUUUGAGGUAGAUGGCCUGCUCUUCUACCACAAGCAGACCCACUAUAGCCCUGGCAGCACUCCGCUGGUGGGCUGGCUACGCCCCUACAUGGUGUCAGAUAUCCUCGGUCUGCCGGUGCCCUCAGGCCCCCUGACCACUAAACCAGAAUACGCUGGGCACCAGCUGCAGCAGAUUAUGGAGCACAAGCGGAGCCAGAAGGAGGGCAUAACGGAGAAAGUCCCACACAGGGCCUGUGAGAACGGAUACUACGAGUUGGAACACCUGUCUACCCCCCAGCUGAAGAGCCCCUCCCACAGCCCAGACCAUCCUGGGAGCCACAUGGAGAACUGAAACAGGCAGCCUCCUUUGGAACUCACAGGAAAGGGUUAGGCCCCAGAAGGCUGGGAAGGACAGUGGUGAUGACUGCAGGUGACUGCAUUCUCUAGUGGGAACAGCAACUCGCUUCCCAUCUGAAAUGCUGGCUCAGUUGGGAGAGAGUCCUAGAUUGGGGGUGGGGGGGAAAGGCAUUUGGAUUGGGGUGGCAACUACUGCAAUAGUUUGUCCCAGAUCCAAGAUGUAAAUACAUGUAAUUCUUAAGAA